AUGUCCGAUGAGCAGCAGCGAGCCUUCAUGCUCCAGGCGAGCAUGAAGAAGCUGUCUGCUGCCUCGAGGUUACCGAAGCGACCGCCGCCAGACCGUGUCAAGGAGGUCCUCAACGAGAGGGUGUUCGCUUCGGAGAAGGGAUUCCUGCAGAACAGCGCUGAUUUCAAGAACAAGAUGAAGGUGGGGUCACGUGUCAACUUCGACUCGCACGGCCUUCCGGUAGCGGAUGAAAGGGACCCGAUCAUUCAAGCGGCACGGGAGACGACAAAGGCCAAUCAGCGUGCGGCGGAGAAAUCUGGUGUCGAGGCCAUUACCUUCCCCUCCCUUCCCGACUGCCCGCGCUGCUCCAUGCCCACUACGGAGGACGAACUGUCGCGGUUCGAAAUGUGCUCGCAGUGCAAGGCGCAAGAAAUCACGUCAAAGGCGUACGCCGGUCCACAGAUGGCCAGCAAAUACACCUACGACAACGGUGACGCCCCUUUCAGUUCCUCUUGGACUUCGCCGGUGCCCCCAAAAACAAAUGGCGGGGCAUCCUCCGAAAGUGGGAAGGCUGCUGAAGUCUUACCCCCGAAGCGGAGUGAACAGUCGUCCUCUUCGGGCCCGCGAUCUUCCGACCAAAGACGACCGCCACCUCCAGCGGCGCCAAUCGACACCAGGAGAGCUGGAGCCCCCUCCACCUGGUCUUACGGCGACAACGACAACGACCGAGGUGAGUCACCAACGGGAGCGUCCGCGGGGCCCCUUCGUAAAGGCAAUGGCAACCUUCGGAGCACCACAGGCAGCGGCAGCCACCGCAACCUCGGAAACUCUGCACCAGAUACGGUCUCGCCACCUUCGGCAACCGCGACGGGGUCAACGGUGGCAGCAGCGUCUUUUCGAGGUGAUGGGGUUCCCGGGGCGUUUCCGCGCGCCGCAGCGACAGCCGCUGCACCGGCAGACAAUACGGUGGUGGACACCAAGAGAUCAUCCAACGCUAAGGUUGGUGGAGGGAGUGAUAAUUUUUCACGCGCGCCCGGACCUUUUGCCGCCCGCGCCAGCAAAGGUGGCGCGGUGUCAAGGGAUCGACCCCGGGGUGGCGGCAGCGACGGUGGUGUCAGUUCGGGCGAGACGAAGGGCAACGAUCGCGCCGAAGUUGCCGUGAGAAAGCUGUCGCUCGAGGUGGCCGAGCUCCGAACCCUUCUCGGGAUCAACCGUUCGGCACUUGCGAGAGUGGAAACUAUGAGCAAGUCGGCCAAAGCGCCACAACCGACUACGGAGGGGAGGGGGGCGGCUAGCAAUAAUGAAGAUCAACGGCGAGACACCGCCGUGCGGAAGUUGGCUCGGGACGUGGCCGAGCUGAGGGCACAGCUUUCUACCGUCGUGGACAAGGUUUCGGACUCUGCCGUCACGCCUCCUAGUGGGCGAGGCGGGGACAGUGAGGUAGUCCAGACCAUGAAGAGGGAAAUGGCGGAGCUGCGCUCACAGCUGGACAACGCCCGCAAGGAGACUACCCUGACGCGAUCAGCGCUGAGGAGGCUGCAAGGCGAAGUCGAUGUCUUGCAGAAGAAGUUCGCUGGUCGACGAUGACAGUCGCUGCGGCGAGGUGGGGUGGGCGUUUUGCCGCGAGUACGGUGCGCUCGGAUUUCUUGUGUACCUUCCCUUACGCGAAGACCCAUCUAGCGAUGAGUAUUCAAAAAUCUGGGGCUUGUAUGGGAUAAUAGAUCAUGCGUGGACGUGAAUGAUCGGUGGCGCUCUGUACAAAAUCGGGGAUUGUGUGAGUCGGGCGUUUUACGAAGUGCUUUUUGUGCUUUGCCAUAGUGCCGCAAGGGUAAUCCCGGAGAUGAAGUCUCUGUCGACGUUCCGUUCCCCGGGACCCUGAAGAUGCUCCCACCACGGAUAAACUUGGUCCGGCAGAACGCUCGUUUUUGUUUUUCUCGCACAUCGACCGUCGCUUGCUGUGCCUGUCUACGGCAUGGCCGCGGUUUCUGUAGCGAAAAGCCACGAAUUGGGGCCAAGCAU